GCCCCCCCGUCCCCCGAGGACCUGGGCGGCCUGGGCGACGCACGGAGCAGCCCAGACGAGCACGACGAGGCCAGCGACGAGGCGCUGGAGGCCGCCCUGCGCUCCGCGCGCGCGCGCGGAGCAGCCCGGACGCCGAGCCCCGGGUCGGUGCCACAGUCGCCGGGCUUCUGGCAAGCGGAGGACCCCCCGCGCCUGUGUCCGUGGAUGAGCCGUUGGUCUUGUUGGAUUUCGAGGACUUCGAGUGCCUCUCCGACCAGCCCCCGGCCUCGGCAUCCGCCGCCAGCCGGGGCAGCACUCCCGCGGCGACGCCCCGGGAGGCGCAUCAGCGCCGUCGUCUCGCCCUGCCAGCACGGGAGCAGGACGCUGACGGGCCAAGUAGUCUUGCAGCUCGCGGCAGCAGCCAGGAGGAGAGCCGGCGCCACCAACCGCCGCGAGCUCGGCCAGCCCCGUGUCGCCGCCGCCGGCCCCGCCGGCGUGGCCGGCCGCCGUCGCUGCGAUGGAGGCCACGGCGGCCAACGACGCUGCCUUCGCCGCCGCAGCGUUGGUGGGCGAGCUGCGGGAGACGGGUCCCUGGCGGAGGCGAGGGCGCAGAGCAAGGCAGACACCGGGGCAUUGGAGGAGUUGUCGGCAAGGGUGGAGGCGAUUCCAUCGUUAUCGCUCCCUCCCAGACGCUCACAAACUCCGAAUACUACAGGCUGCGGGAGUGCGCCUUGAAGGUGGUGCGCCACCUGGGCGUGGUUGGUGAGUGCAACAUCCGGUACGCG